AUGGCGAAGAAGGAGACCCAACAGACGGACCCCGUCGCCGAACUCAAACCCGAGAUCGAGAUCGCGUCGCUGCUGGAGCUGGACGACCUGAGCGACGACGACCUGAGCGACGACGACGGCGCCGAUGCGGUGCUGGGGCUCGACGAUGCCGCCGUGGCUGCCGCCCUGGGCCACUCGGUGAACAAGGCGAUAAUAGGCGCCAGCGACAAGAAGAAGAAGACCGGCGCCAAGCGUGGCAUCCUCUACAUCGGCCGCAUCCCCCACGGGUUCUACGAAAAGGAAAUGAAGAAGUACUUCGCCCAGUUCGGCGACAUCGUCAACGUGUGUGUCGCCCGCAACAAGCUGGGUAAGCUGAAGCACUUCGGGUUCAUCGAGUUUGCUGACUACGACACUGCCGUCGUCGCCCAGGAAACGAUGAACAACUACUUGUUGUUUGGCCACCAGCUCCAAGUGGCUUUCGUGACGGACAAGGUCGACGACUUGUUCACCCGCCCGCAAAAAUACCACCACGUGGCGGUGCCGAUGCGGGAGAAGAGCCAGAAGAAGCACGACGGCAAGCGCCCGGCACACAAGGUGGAGAAGUUGGAGCACAAGCACGCCGAGCGCAAGCAGCAAAAGGCGCUUGAAUUGAAGGCGAAGGGGAUCGACUGGCAAUUGUAA